AUGACGGAAGCAACUACUAUCUUACCUAAUCGCCCUCGGACACGCCAACGAGCGUAUAAGCAACCACCGUCUCUUGAUGUUCCUGACAUUGACCAAGAUGCUGCUGAGAGGAAGCGAGUUUUGAAUGUUUUGGCGCAGCGUAGAUAUCGUGAGAAGAAACGGUUGAAUCGUCUCAAAGCCAAGUCAGCCACUCAGCCUAGCGAUGAUGAGCCUGGGUCUCAGAGCUCCAGCUCUCCGGCAAAAACGGACAGAGCUACGGAGAGCCAGCUAUCGACAGAUGAUGUUAUUGAGCUUCCUAUUCUGCCCAGCAAUACGCAGUUCACCGACCCAAUUAGAAACACGUCUUUCUCAGUCAUGACUACAGAUGCCGACAUCCUGGCCGGGCUCGAUCUCACCAUGGCAUCUCGGAGUCCUCUCCCAGACAUGACCCUUGCAUCGGUUCUACCAAAUUACGACACACUUCCGAUUCCUCUACCGAAAGACCAUACUGGAAGUGAAGCAGCAGCGUGGACUGCCAACGACCCACCAGCAGACUUUGAUGGAUGCGAUUUGGCCAUGUUCGUCGACACAGCUUCAUUUAUCAAUUCUCCUUCGUCGUCGACAGAGCAAGGCUUCCCUGAUAGUUACCACUUACCGGUUCUCCAACUCACGUUACUCAAGGCCGUCCUGCGCAUCGCUGAUCGCCUAAACUGUAAGCAAGGUCUCUGGGACCUCGGCGGGAACUCAGCCUUCAACACGGGCACCGCAACACCAGCAUCUCUGCUCCCUCCAGCAUGGCAGCCGACGCAGUCGCAAGUGGACAUACCACACCAUCCAGUGUUUGAUGUGCUGCCAUGGCCAGCUGUCCGGGAGCGUGUUAUCUUGAUUACAUCAUUGCCUGACGAGUUGAGGCCGCCGCGAGCGCAGGGCAGCUUGGCCUGUGUGAACUUUGCCUAUGACUUGGAAGAUACUGCUGAGGGAGUUCGCAUCUACGGCGAAGACCCGUAUGACCCAGGGAACUGGGAGCUGGGGCAGGUUGCGUUUGAGAGGUGGUGGUGGUUGUUCGAUAGCACUAUUAUCGAUACGAGCAAUCGAUGGCGAAGAGCAAGAGGAGCACCGCCGUUGCUUCUAAAGAGUGGAAGUUCUAGCGCGAGUCCAGGUUCUAGUUCGUCACCGGGAAUCAGUGUAGCAUCAUCAGCCUGA